AUGGUACAGAUUUUCAUCGUAUGCGGUUCGAUUUCGUCGAGUAUUAUAGUACAGAUUAAUUGCAUUCGCAGAGUACUUGAACAGUGUUCUUCUAGUGGAGAUUUUAUUAUCAAUAUUAAUUGUUUCGGAAGAAAUAGGUGUACGGAAAAAAAUACCCUUAGUUUGAAUUACCACUUCUUCAUAUAUCACGACUGUGGAGGAUCGACAAAAAUCGUUAUUCUCUCAUCGAAAAGACAGUGCCUUUACAAAUUCUUGUCUGCUUCUGCACUAAUUGUACAUAGAGCUUCCGCAUUCAAAAUGAGGAACUCCACGAAUGGGGAAUCUUCGUCUAAUCAGCGUCAGAACAAUCAGCCUCAGAACAAUCAGCCUCAAAACUCACAGUCUCGACACGACACCAUUAUCUCCGCUGGCUUUAUUCGUUUUAACCAACAUUUACGUUUGCCGGUUAUUACACGUGUGUGGAGUUUGGCACCGGAAACAAACAAUCGGAAACCAACAAAAUGGGAUAGCAAUGAGGAAUAACAUAUUAUGUCAUAUGUGAAGUAGUUACAUUAUAUUGAACUUGUACAAUAUAUUACUGUCACAUAUUA